GAGGCCCCCCCUGCACGUACCGAGGCGUGUGGGGGAGCGGCGCGGCGCGCGGACCGGGCGGGCGGCGGGCAGCUAUGGCGUCGCCCCCGCUGGUGGUGGCGGCGGCGGCGGCGGCCGGGAGCGGCGGUGAAUCGAGCUCGGGCUCCGAGGAGACAGGGACGGCGCCGCCGGGCCGCGACCUGGCUGUGCUGUUCGAGCAGGCGGCUGAGCGGCUGCCGGCGUUGCUGCCCGCCGCCAGCAAGGAGCAGCUGCUCUACCUGUACGCGCGUUACAAGCAGGUGAAAUGUGGAACCUGUAACACUCCCAAGCCAGGCUUCUUUGAUUUUGAGGGAAAGCAGAAAUGGGAGGCUUGGAAAGCCCUGGGAGACACCAGCCCUCAUCAAGCCAUGCAGGAGUAUGUUGCUACAGUGAAAAAACUGGACCCCAGUUGGAAUCCACAGACAACAGAGAAGAGGGGAAAGGAAAGCAAAACUGCCUUUGGAGGCCCAGUUGUCAGCUCAUUAUAUCAAGAAGAAACAAUCAGGGAAGAGGACAAGAACAUUUUUGAUUACUGCAGAGAAAACAACAUUGACUAUGUAACCAAAGCCAUUCGAUCAAAAAAGGUGGAUGUGAAUGUCACAGAUGAGGAGGGUCGGGGUCUGCUCCACUGGGCCUGCGACAGAGGACACAAGGAGCUGGUUUCAGUACUGCUACAGCACGCCGCUGACGUUAACAGCCAGAGGACAAAUACUGCUGUGGUCAGCAUUCGAUCUGUCCCUGAUGGAUGUUGUUCUGCCAAUGUACUUCAACACAGCUUGGAAGAGAGAUGGAAACCGCAGCUUGGACGCAGCCAGUGACUUAGUUUGACAUACCUGCUCCUCCCAUUAACACUGCAUAAGUCUAAAGCAUCUGUUAAUGUCCAACUUGCUAGAAAUGCCCAGAAGAUUUCUCCAGCUCUGCUGUUCAGGCUUAAAGAGCUCUAGGUCAGAUGCCUUCUCUGGUCAGCUUUUGGGUUUUAACUGUUGAUAUUUCUGUGUGUAUAUAAAUGGUUGCUGAAUCCUCACACCCUUUUGAAACUGUCUCUGGAAGACACAUGUUGUUUUCCACUGCAGGACAUUUGCUUCAUGUGGACAGAACAAGGCAGCUGUUCAAUACAUAUAUUAAUUGCUAUUACUAUAUCCUACUGUUGCUACAUACUAGUUGCUAUUAUACUACGUGCUACUUGGCUCAUUCAUGGCACAACCUCAACCUCCUCCUCUUAAGCUGGUGGCUUCACUCUCUGGGUUUCUCUUGCAUUGUCCCUGUGUUCCUGCCUGGUCAGGAGCAAAACAGAGUUCUUGAGGCUAUUAAACACUUACAGUUGCAAAUAAAAUUGCAUUGGUGGCUGUUGUUUUCCCCAUCGUCGGGAGGAGAGGGGGUCUGAGUAACUUAUUUUGAGUUCGUACAAAAGCUAACAGAAGAAUGCAGAUCACAGUAUCACAGUAUGUUUGGGAUUGGAAGGGACCUCAAAAGAUCA